AUGUUUAUCCGGUGCAGCGACAUGAGCAGCUCGCCAUCCCAACGUCGACGUGAGAACGGAGUCAAUCAAAGCAGAUCUCUCAGACUGAAGGGAAGUAAGAAAGAGCAGUCGAUGAGACCGUGCACAGAACAAUACGACGUCGGAAUUCUCGGGUGUGGAGUUGGGGGACACGCUGCAGCAAUUAACGCAAUGGAGAGAGGAUUAAAGGUUAUAAUUUUCACAGGAGGUGAAGACAACAUCGGAGGGACCUGCGUUAACGUUGGAUGCAUCCCGAGCAAGUCACUGCUAUACGCCACGGGUAAGUACAGAGAAUUAAAAAAUAUGGCCAAGCUGUAUACAUAUGGUAUUUACACUAAUGCGUUUAGCAAAAGUGGGAAGGAAGAUCCGGUUGAAAGAAACCAGUUGCUAGCAAAUACGGUUCAAAUAGACGUCGGAAAGUUAAAGGAGUACACACAGAACGUUAUUGACAAAUUGAAGGGAGGAAUUGAAAGCGGAUUAAAAAAAAAAAAAUUUUCAAAAAAUUCUGAACAUGUGCAGGUAAUUUAUGAACGUGGUCAUAUAGUGGAAAAAAAUAUUAUUAAAGGGGAGAAAAGUGGAAAGGAAUAUCAGGUAAACAAUAUAAUCAUCGCGACAGGGUCUACUCCACACAUACCAGACAACAUCGAAGUGGAUGAAAAAACUGUUUUUACUAGUGAUCAAGCAGUGAAAUUGGAAGGGUUACAGAAAUACAUGGGAAUUAUCGGCAUGGGAAUAAUAGGAAUUGAAUUCACAGAUAUCUACACAGCUUUGGGGUCAGAAGUUGUCUCCUUCGAUUACUCCCCUCAGUUGUUACCACUGCUCGAUGCAGACGUGGCCAACUACUUCGAGCGCGUUUUUAUUAAGUCCAAGCCGAUGCGUGUGCAUUUCAAUACGUGCAUUGAGUAUGUGAGGGCGGGAAGGGGAGGCCAGCCAGUCGUCAUCGGGCACAGUGAGAGAAGCGACGCGGAGUUAUCUACCCCAAGUGACAUGAACAAUCACAUCAGGGAAACGCGCGUGGACAGCUGCCUAGUCGCCACAGGGAGGAAACCGAACACGAAUAACAUAGGCCUCGAACAGUUGCAAAUACAGACGAACAGAGGAUACAUAACGGUGGAUGAACAUCUGCGCGUACAGAGACAAGACCAAGACGUGUACGACAAUAUAUUUUGCAUAGGUGAUGCCAAUGGAAAGCAGAUGCUGGCACACACGGCAUCACACCAAGCACUGAAGGUGGUCGAUUGGAUAACAUCCAAGGGGGAAAAACUACACAACAGGACUGACCACUCGAAUAGUUCCCACACCGACUGGGCUAGUAAACCCAUCCUCUAUAGGAAUAUCCCCUCGGUGUGUUACACCACCCCUGAAUUGGCCUUUGUAGGACUGUCCGAAAAGGAAGCCAAGAAGUUAUACCCCCCAGAGAAUGUCGGCACAGAGAUCUCAUUCUACAAGGCGAACUCUAAAGUCCUCUGUGAGAAUAACGAUAUCGGCUUUCCAGAGAACUUGAAAAAUAACUCAUACAACAAAGGAAAGUACAACAGUGUGGACAAUACGAAUGGUAUGGUAAAAAUAAUUUACCUAAAGGAUAGUAAGGAAAUUCUAGGCUUGUUCAUUGUGGGUAGUUACGCUUCCAUUUUGAUUCACGAGGGGGUGUUGGCUUUGAACCUGAAGCUGUCGGUGAUUGACUUGGCACACAUGGUGCACUCACACCCCACCAUUAGUGAGGUCCUCGACACGGCCUUCAAGGCCAUCGCACGGGUCCGCACUCACUGA